AGAAUCUAUACAACCCGAUAUGUAGUCAAUAUACACGCUCAGUGCAAAGUGUACAAUUGAAGGACAGAACCCAAAUUUUGGACUACGAAAAUGGAGUGGCUGACGACCGUUGUGUUAUUCGUCAUAUUUGUUACGACGUUUACGUUCGCGUACCUUAAAACUUCGUUUUCCUAUUGGAAACUGAGAGACGUUCCACACAAUCCACCAAUUAUCCCGUAUGGUAAUAUAAAAGGUGUCGGUAAAACGCUGCAUCUGUUCGAACUGACCCAAAAAUAUUACCAGCAAUUCAAAGGAGUUGCACCAUUCUGUGGAUUGUACCUAUUAACAAGGCCUGUGGCUCUGAUUUUGGACAUCGAAUUGGUGAAAAAUAUUCUCAUCAAAGAUUUUGGCAAUUUCAGUAGUAGAGGAGGCUAUUACAAUGAAAAGGAUGAUCCGGUGACAGGGAAUUUGUUCAACUAUGAAGCAGAAAAGUGGCGACCAUUAAGGGCCAAGCUAUCACCGACUUUCUCGUCCGGUAAAAUGAAAUUUAUGUUUCCGACAGUGGUCGAAAUCGGCAAACGAUUAGAAGAGAAAAUUCGCAGCUUGACGGAUGAGUUUGACGAACUCGAGCUGAAAGAGAUUUUGGGUCGGUACUCAACGGACAUAAUUGGUAAUUGUGCGUUCGGAGUGGAGUGCAACACUUUGAACGACAAGGACAGUGAAUUUCGUGAAAUCAGUCGGCAAGUGUUCCUGAAACCGAGGAAUCAGCAAUACGUAACCAUGUUUGCUAAUCAAUCGCAUCGUUUGGGUCGACUGUUGCGAGUGAAAAUGGUUCGAGAAGAGGUGUCGGCAUUUUUCUUUAAACUAAUACGGGAAACCAUUGACCUGCGUGAACGGAAUCAAAUCGAACGAAAAGACUUUAUGGAUCUGUUGAUCAAAAUUAAGAACAGCGACGAUGGGCUGACCAUCAAUGAAAUCGUCGGUCAAGCUUACCUGUUUUUUGCAGCUGGUUUCGAAACCAGUUCAUCGGCAAUACUGCAUACGCUUUAUGAGUUGGCGUUGAAUCCUACCAUUCAGAGUAAAUUAAGAAAUGAAAUCGAAGAGUCGUGUCAACGGAACAAUAACGAAUUUACGUACGAAACAAUGAUGGACAUGCCGUAUCUGAAUCAGGUGAUAAAUGAAACGCUUCGCAAGUAUCCGUCAGUGCCAAACUUAACAAGACGAGCUGAAAGGGACUACCAGGUACCUGGAACUACGAAAACCAUUUCAAAAGGAACGAUUGUUAUAAUACCGGUCGCAGCCAUUCAUCACGAUCCCGAAUUUUACCCGAAACCGGAAAUAUACGAUCCAGAUCGAUUUUCACCGGAAGAAGUGGUGAAACGUGAUAACGUCAAGUUUUUGGCAUUCGGGGAAGGACAACGGAACUGUGUCGGUCUUCGCUUCGGUUUGAUGCAAACACGAAUUGGGCUUGUCGCUCUACUAAGAAAUUUUGAAUUUUUACCAGGCGCCAAUAUGCCGGAGAAAUUAACCUUCCUACCGAGACCGUUUGUCUUGACAGCUGUUGAAACAAUCAAAUUCACAGUAAAAUCAAUUAAAAAAUAAUUAAAAUUUUGUUGA